AUGUCUUGUUAUCUGCCGGUUGUGUGCAGAAGGAGCUCCUCCAUCACAGUUCCCGUCCCAACACACGUUACCUCGAGGUGUCCAACGGCGCCACUACAUUCCUACUUUACUCCGCAUCGUCCGCAUUCUCGAAGCUAUCGAUCUUUCAGUUAUAUCCCAAAAGCAAACCUUACCACAAGGUCCUCUCAGCCAAUAUCGUCUUUCAAAAGUCUCCGUUCUGGUGUGAACCUACGAUCCUCGGACAAAAUGGCUGGUUCAACUCGUCACGCGAAGCGCAUGCAUAGCCCUUCUGCGGUUCCCGCCAACAAGCAGCUGAAGCUAGAGCAUACAGCUAGCUCCCCCGAUGACGACAUACCCGUCAAUGGAAUGGUUUACAACAUUGAGGAAGAGCUGGAGGAGGCGCCCACACCAGCUGUUGUUCAGACAGAUUCGCCGGAAUGGCAGGAAACGAUGGAGAAGGUCGUGAAGUGUGCGGUCUCUAUUCACUUCUGCCAACCAGUGUCGUUCGAUACUGAACCCUCGAUGUCCAGUGAAGCCACAGGAUUCGUCGUGGAUGCUGAGCGUGGCUAUAUCUUAACAAAUCGCCACGUUGUUGGGGCCGGUCCUUUCACGGGCUCCUGCGUAUUUGUUAACCACGAAGAUUGUGAUGUCAAGCCGGUAUACCGAGACCCUGUUCACGAUUUCGGCAUUCUACAAUUCGACCCCAAAAAAAUCCGCUACAUGGAUCUUACCCAGCUUGAGCUUCAUCCGGAAGGAGCAAAAGUAGGCACUGAAAUUCGUCUGGUUGGCAACGAUGCCGGAGAGAAACUCAGUAUUCUUUCCGGUGUAAUCAGUCGACUGGAUCGCAAUGCUCCUGAGUAUGGCGAGGGCUAUUGCGAUUUCAACACAAACUAUAUACAAGCUUCAGCCGCGGCUAGUGGAGGUAGUUCGGGAAGUCCUGUGGUCAACAUUGCGGGCCAUGCAAUUGCCCUGCAGGCUGGUGGUCGAACUGAUGGCGCUUCAACUGAUUAUUUCUUGCCGCUGGAUCGCCCGUUGCGUGCAUUGGAGUGCAUUCGCCAAGGCAAGCCUGUUACUCGUGGCACCAUUCAAACGCAGUGGGUACUGAGGCCUUUUGAUGAAUGUCGUCGUCUUGGCUUGACCCCUGAAUGGGAGGCUGCUGUGCGUGCAGCUGUCCCGGGUGAAACAAACAUGCUUGCAGCAGAGGUCAUUCUCCCCGAGGGUCCUGGUGAUACUAAAUUGCUGGAGGGGGACGUGCUUCUUAAAGUCAAUGGAGAGCUUCUGACCCGAUUUAUUCGUCUCGAUGAAAUUCUAGAUAACAGCGUCGGCAAGUCUGUCAAGCUGCUUGUACAGAGAGGCGGGAAGGAUGUCGAAGUCGAGUGUGAGGUGGGAGAUCUUCACGCAAUUACCCCCGAUCGAUUUGUGACUGUGGCUGGUGGCAUAUUCCAUGACUUGUCCUAUCAACAGGCACGUCUUUUUGUCAUCGCCACUCGUGGAGUUUAUAUCUGUGAAUCCACUGGCUCCUUCAAGCUAGACAGCACGUCUGCUGGAUGGAUCGUUGAGUCCGUUGACAAAAAGGCAGUUCAAAAUCUCAACGAGUUCAUAGAGGUUAUGAAGAACAUUCCCGAUCGCAGCCGCGUGGCAGUUUCAUAUCGUCACAUCCAGGAUCUUCACUCGAAGGCAACUAGUAUUGUUUAUAUCGACCGCCACUGGCGCCCUGCGAUGCGAUUGGCGGUUCGCAACGACGAGUCUGGUGUAUGGGACUUCUCUGAUCUUGCUGAUCCCAUUCCUGCCAAACCCCCUGUGCCAAUGGAGGCCAACUUUAUCCAGCUAGACGGUGUCAGCCAACCGGCCGCGGCCGAGAUCGUCCGCAGCUUCGUGCGUGUGGCAUGCAAUAUGCCAUUGAAGCUGGACGGAUAUCCACAGUCCAAAAAGACUGGGUUUGGUCUUGUCAUCGAUGCCGAGCAGGGCCUAGUUUUGGUCUCACGGGCUAUUGUGCCCUUUGACCUUUGUGAUAUCAAUAUCACUGUCGCUGACUCUAUCAUUGUCAGCGCCAAGGUGGUGUUUUUGCACCCAAUUCAAAAUUACAGCAUCAUCCAAUAUGACCCGAGCCUUGUCAAGGCUCCGGUUAAGAGCGCCCAGCUCAGCACUGAUUACAUGAAGCCAGGCCAAGAAGCCAUGUUUGUCGGCUUCAACAGUAAUCAUCGGAUUGUCGCCGCCAAAACCACGGUCACUGACGUCACAAGCGUGUCCAUCCCUCCCAGUACUGCUGCUCCCCGCUACCGUGCAAUCAACCUGGAUGCCGUCACUGUUGAUACUGGGCUCAGUGCUCAGUGCGGAAACGGCGUAUUGAUCGGCGAAGAUGGCGUGGUGCAGGCCUUGUGGCUGAACUACAUUGGCGAGCGUUCCCCCGUCUCUCACAAGGACGUGGAAUACUACCUCGGUCUGAACACACCUUGUCUCCUGCCUGUCACAUCCAAGAUCUGUGAAGGAGUAAUUCCAUCCUUGAGGAUUCUCAAUAUGGAGAGUUACGUUGUGCAGAUGAGCCAGGCUCGCGUCAUGGGUGUCUCGCAAGAGUGGAUCAAUAAGGUUUCAGAGGCCAACCCGUCUCGACACCAGCUGUUCAUGGUGCGGAAGGUUGACAGCCCAUCCCCAGCUGUUACCGUGGACCCCAACACUAGCUUCCAAGAAGCUGACAUCAUCCUUACAUUGGAUGGCCAGCUCGUCACGCGUGUCUCCGAGCUGGAUGUCAUGUAUGAACGGGAAUAUCUGGAUGCCUUGAUCGUGCGCAGUGGCAAGGAAAUGAAAAUCCGCGUCCACACGGUGCCAACCCAGGAUAUUGAGACAGAUCGUGCCCUCGUCUUCUGCGGUGCUGUCUUACAAAAGCCCCAUCACGCUGUCCGCCAGCAAAUCUCCAAGAUUCACAGCGAGGUCUAUGUCAGCUCGAGAAGCCGUGGCUCCCCAGCCUACCACUACCAUCUUGGCCCCACUAAUUUCCUCACUGCCGUCAACGGUGUCCCUACUCCGGACCUAGACAGCUUUAUUCGUGCAGUUGUCCCAAUUCCCGACAAUGAAUACUUCCGUAUUCGCGCCGUCACCUUUGACAAUGUCCCAUGGGUAGCCACCAUGAAGAAGAACGACCACUACUUCCCUAUGUCCGAGUAUAUCAAGGAUUCCAACUGUGAGCUUGGAUGGCGCACCAUCUCCCACGAAACCCAGGUUGGUCUUGCUCCUGAUGCGGCCAACUUGAACCCUGAUGCCAUGGACGAGGAUGCCAAUGGGGGCGCAGAUGAAGUUGAGCCGGUCAUGAAGUAA